AGAACGUAAAAGGAAAACCUUGGAAAAAGAAAAGGAAAGCAAAAAGGAGGAAGAGAAAGAACCAGAGAGAAGGGGGUUGUCAGGGCCAGAGUGGGACAGAAUAUCCAAAAAGGAGGACGUUGUGCCCAGCCGGGUACUUGAUCUGAGUCACCGUUCACCUAGAAGACAUGUGAGACAGAUCAUUCCUUGAUCAGAAGGAAGUUCUUGUGUGUCCAGAGAACAGACGGGAGCAUUGCACAUGCUCCUGGAAGGAGUUGCACUUGCCCAUGGCUUGCUGGCAAGGGACAUGCUGCUCGUCUAGCUGGUCUCUGCAAUCAAAGAAUGCCACACGUGAGGGUGAUGUUCAUCUAGGAUUUUUUUUUAUUAUCUAGGAUUCAAUGUAGCAUAUUCCCACCUGCCCCUGCCUCCCCCCACUACCAUCACAUGGAGUAGGGGCUUGGCGGAGGGUGUGUUCUCACUCACCACUGAUAGGUGAGGCUUUGAGCUGGCUUCCUUUUGGUCCUCAGCCACCAGUGUGGGCCUUUUCUGGUCCAGGGUGACAGAAGUGAUUAUCAUCCGGUGGCAGUCCCUCUCAGACACUGCUUGUGAAAGUUAACAGUAGUUGCACUCUGUCAGACCCGCUGACAUCAGCUGCUCUGUCUGUAUCCUCCCCACUUCAAUCUGAGCUGCUUGGGUGCGGAGGGGGCAGGACAGAGGGAGUGUCAGGGAACAGACGUGAGGGCGUCUAGACCAGACAUGAAUCAGGUAGAAAACCCAGAGACUCAAGUAGAUCGACUCCUCUGCCUGUUGACCGGGGACAAUGGGAGAGGCCGGGUCCCUGUGAAGAGUCCUGGGCUUCGAGCUCACAAGAAAGGACCCAGCAGCAUGAAAUUGCCUCUCCACCCCACAGGUCCUGGGUACCUGAAAGCCAGAGAGGCUUUCCUCCGUGAGGCCUGACAGCUUCACCCCCACAGGCAGCAGAGACCCACCUGGAAAUGAAAUAACUUCCAUCUGGGCCCGUGGCAGAAUUUCCAGGCACCCACUGCACUGCCUGGGGGCCUUCCGUGUCCUGGUUCUUACACUCAGCGAGAGAGGCCUGGAAGACCUUGGCCUGAAGGGACAGGGACGAUACGGACACCAUGAAGAAGCUCACAAAAGGUUUGCCUUCUAAUGACACCAGCUGGCCCCAGGAGAAAAAGCAGAAGCCCCAGAUACUGGAGCCAGUCACAAUCCAGGAUGUCACUGUGCUUUUCUCGGAGGCAGAAUGGGAGACACUGAGCUCUGAGCAGAAGAACCUGUACAGAGACGUGAUGCUGGAGAUCUACAGGAAUCUGCUCUCCGUGGAAAACGCUCUGGGAAAUGAUCCAGCAGUUCAGAAAAUUGAGGUGAUUCAACUCACCAGUAUUUGGAGCUUCCUCUGCUUUUUCUCUUGGGGCCAGUCAGUACCAUGAGAAGACAACCCUAAAGGAAGAAAGAGAAGCCGUGAGAAAGAACCCUUCCUAUGCUCCCUGAGUAGCUCUUUUCAUCAUGGAAGGAAGGAGGGAGGCACUGCACUCAGCGCUGACCACUAAAGGAGUGUCACCUGAACCUAGAGCCGAGGUCUCCUCUUCACUGCUCCAGACUCGUAACAACGAGUUUCUUCACAGUGUCCAUAUCUUCUCUGUUCUUUGUAGACAGAAGUCGGUGUAAUGACUGCUCUGGAAUUCUUCCCCAGGGCAAAUGGAUAUGGUUUCGGUUAGAGAUGGAUCUCUGCUACCUGGGAGGUGAUGUCCUCAAUCCUCACUCAGGAAAGCCCCGCUUGCAUCCUGGGCCUGUGGCCUGGAAAAGUAGUGUGAUUCUGCUGGUUCCUCGAUGGUGUCCUCUACAGCAGGAUCCUUCCUCUCACCUCCUUUCAAUCAACACUCACAGGUGCCAGUACACUAGGCUUCUCUGUCUUCAUAAAUUCCUGAUUUAGAAGCUCUCACGUCUGUCUGACAUUCCCCCUUUCUCUUUAAUAUUUACUGUGCCCCCUUUGCCCAACAGCUUAGAUUUAAGUAGUGAGGUGAACGGACAGAGCAGGUCCAUUUUCAGCAGACUGGACAUACUGUGUGACCAUUGUGAACCUUUACAAAGUGAGUGAUGGGGACUGUAACCUGAUGCUAAUCAGUUCCUGUCACCCAGCCCCAUGAAAGGGCCGACAUAGGUGGUUUGUAAUCAGAAGCCAGGAUAGUGGCCACAUAAAGUCAGAGGCAAACAUAGUGCCAAAAAGACCAGAUGUACAUCACCCUCAUGUUUGCCAUCCCCUAUUGGGACUCGUAGAAUGGGACUGGAUAAGUUGCCUGUCCCCUGAAACUCCAGGGCAGGUGCAGGGUAGGAGCUCCUUCUGUGACCCAAUAUGUUGCCUUCUGUUGGCCCCUGAAUCCAUAAGAACUUCUGGAUCAGGUGCCUUAUCCCCAAAAUCUUGUAGCACAGCAAAGGGCAAUGACCUGUACCAAAUGUCUGGCCACCCACAAUUCCCUCUUUGCAUGCUGUCCUAACACACUCCUCCCAACCUAGUUUUUACUUUCCAUUUUCUUCCCUUCUCCCGUUCUCUUUCCUUUUUUUCUAACCUGUUGAGUCCAUUUUGCUUUUACA